CAAACUCUCAGAUUUUAGGUAUCCCAAAUCGUGGGUUCAACUUUUGUUUUAUGAUAUAUUGGUGAGGUCUGAGUUAAAUUAAAUGGUGCCGACUGAGUUGGCCAACUACUAACCAACUUCCUAACUAUUCAUGGUGUAACCCCACAUGCUGCCUCUUGUCCAAGACAUAAGAAAACAGCGGAGGGCUCAAGAUUGCUUCCACACCUGCAACUGCUUCUCUGGACAUAUACAUAUAACAACUAAUUUUAAUUGAAGAGCGGAUCGAUCGAUGGAUUGGAAGGCAAAUUGCUAUCUGGAUGGAUUCUCGUUAAGACAGUAGUUGUCGUGAAUUCUGAAAGGGGAAUGUCGUAUUCGUCAUAGUAACGGACUUACCGAAAAUUUACCAUUCCUUAUUUCAGCUCCCUUUGGUGUGAGCUUUUUCGCAAUUUGUUACUUGUCGAGCAGGCAUGGCCAUGAGUAGAGUGCAGGCUGCUUCGGGCCUGGUGAAAGCCGAGUCCGUGAAUAAUGCCGUGGGCAUUUCAAUGCUUCAGCAGCAGCAGCAUGUCAGGGUUUCGAAUCUCAGGGGCCGUAUUUGUGCUUCCAUUUCAGCUUCCUCCUCUGCAGCAAGACUUCACUGCCCCCUCGCUUGCCAAUUCCAUGGAUCUAUGCGAACUAUGUGGAAGUCACCUGUUAAUAAGGCUGCAGUUGAUGCUUCAUCUAAUGCCAAAGCAGUUUCUGCCCCAAGUUUGGAAGUAUCAUCAUCAGAAGAGAAAGAAGUCAAGCCUGCAGUAGAGGCUCCAUCAGCUUCUACAAUGACAGAAGAAUCUAUUACCACAUUUAUGGACGAUGUUGCUAACCUUGUCAAGCUUGUGGACUCUAGAGAUAUUAUGGAAUUGCAUCUAAAACAACAGGAUUGUGAACUCUUGAUUAGAAAAAAGGAGGCAUUGCCUCAGCCUCCACCUCCACCUCAGCAGGUAAUGGUACACGCUCCUUAUCCGACAGUUGCAGCUCCACCACCACCAACACCUGCUCCACCUUCACCAUCAACUUCUAUUGUACCUGCUGCAUCAUCAACCCCUAAAAUGUCUUCUCCUGCUCAAUCUGGACAUCCACCUUUGAAAAGUCCCAUGGCAGGAACUUUGUACCGGAGUCCUGCACCUGGUGAGCCGCCUUUUGUAAAGGUUGGAGAUAAAGUUCAGAAAGGUCAACUGCUUUGCAUUAUUGAAGCCAUGAAGCUGAUGAAUGAAAUUGAGGCAGAUCGGUCGGGAACAGUUGCAGAAAUUAUUGCACAGGAUGGCAAGCCAGUUUCUAUUGAUUCUCCACUCAUUGUGAUCGCACCAUGAGCAUCAGUUUGAGAAUGGGAGAAAUCAAACAUGGAAUAUGUCACACCAGAGAUUUUAUUCUAGGGCUUCUUUGAUCUUUCUUGUGAGGAGGUGAGGUACAAGGUACAGAAGCCUAGCUAACGUGCUAGUUGCAUUGACAUGGAGCAGGAGGCAUUGUGAUAAUUUCUAUUUAUUUAUUUUUGCAUGUAAAGUGUUCCUUUCACCUUCAAAUUAUAACGAAGGUUGGUGUUUCAUUUGACUGUAGUAUCAGAUUUUUCUUUCAUCAAUCGAUAUGUAACUUUCCCUGUUAGGUGCCUUUCCUUAAACAAGAAAAAAUGGUAAUAAACAACAAAAGAUUCAAAUUAUUAUCAAGUCACAAUGUGGCUCUGAUGAGCUUAUGGUAGGCUAGAAUCAUAUGAAUCUACGUUAGUUUGAAUUCUUUCUUGAACUAUAAGCAUUCAGUGUGCAUAAAUUUUGCAUAUCAAGAAGUUGCUAUUUUGUAUUGGUUUAUUCAAUAUAUAUGGUCUGCAUGUGAUGCUUGUGUGA